AUGAACCUGAACAACAGUCGUCUGCUGGAUUCAGGAGUCCAAGAGAUCUGUGAGGGACUGAAGAACCCUGUGUGUGAGCUGAAGAUACUGAAUUGUAGACUUCCAGACUGCAGUAUCAGUGAAGAAGGUUAUAAAGCUCUGUCUUCAGCUCUGAGAUCAAACCCUUCACACCUGAUAGAGCUGGAUCUCACAGGAAAUGAUCCUGGACCAUCAGGAGUGAAGCAGCUCAGUGAUUUACUACAGGAUCCAAACUGUCAACUCAAGACUCUGAGGUUUUUGGGUCCUGCUGCAGAUGAAGGCUGUCAGUAUGUGACUGGAAUUGUGGGUAAAAACCCGUUACUCCUGAGAGAGCUGGAUCUGAGUGAACAUAAACUAGGAGACACACGAGUGAAUCAGAUCUCUGCUCUACUGCAGGAUAAACACUGUACACUCAACACACUGAAACUGAAUAACUGUGAGCUGACAGAGAAAAGCUGUUCAGUUCUAGCUACUGUUCUCUCCUCCAAAACCAUCCUGAAAGAGAUGAACCUGAACAACAGUCGUCUGCUGGACUCAGGAGUCAAAGAGAUCUGUGAGGGACUGAAGAACCCUGGGUUGGAGAAAAUAAUACUUUCAGACUGCAGUAUCAGUGAAGAAGGUUAUAAAGCUCUGUCUUCAGCUCUGAGAUCAAACCCUUCACACCUGAUAGAGCUGGAUCUCAAAGGAAAUGAUCCUGGACCAUCAGGAGUGAAGCAGCUCAGUGAUUUACUACAGGAUCCAAACUGUCAGCUCAAGACUCUGAGGUUUUUGGGUCCUGCUGCAGAUGAAGGCUGUCAGUAUGUGACUGGAAUUGUGGGUAAAAACCCAUUACUCCUGAGAGAGCUGAAUCUCACUAGACAUAAACUAGGAAACACAGAAGUGAAUCAGAUCUCUGCUCUACUGCAGGAUAAACACUGUAAACUCAACACACUGAUUCUGUGGAGAAGCAGUAUUACAAAGAAACAGUGUCUCAUCCUGACUUCAGCUCUGAAAUCAAACCCAUCACACCUGAGAGAACUGAACCUGAGCGGGAAUCAAAUAAAAACCACAGGAGUGAAUCACUUAUGUGACGUACUGAAGGAUUCACGCUGUAAACUGGAGAGAUUGAGGUUAAGCCGCUGUUAUUUGACAGAAGAAGGUUGUUCUGCUGUGACUUCAGCUCUGAAAUCAAACCCAUCACACCUGAGAGAACUGAACCUGAGCGGGAAUAAACUAGGAGACUCUGGAGUGAAAAACCUCAGUGAUCUACUGAUGAACACACAAUUCAAGCUGGAGAAACUAGUACUUUCCGACUGCAGUAUCACUGAAGAAGGUUAUAAAGCUCUGUCUUCAGCUCUGAGAUCAAACCCUUCACACCUGAUAGAGCUGGAUCUCACAGGAAAUGAUCCUGGACCAUCAGGAGUGAAGCAGCUCAGUGAUUUACUACAGGAUCCAAACUGUCAACUCAAGACUCUGAGUCUGUGUAGAUGCAGUAUUACAGAGAAACAGUGUCUCAUCCUGACUUCAGCUCUGAAAUCAAACCCAUCACACCUGAGAGAACUGAACCUGAGCUGGAAUCAACUACUAGGAGACUCUGGAGUGAAAAACCUCAGUGAUCUACUGAUGAACACACAAUUCAAGCUGGAGAAACUAGAUCUGCGUGGAUGCAGUAUUACAGAGAAACAGUGUCUCAUCCUGACCUCAAAUCAAAAAUCAAACCCAUCACACCUGAGAGAACUGGACCUGAGCUUGAAUCAAAUAAAAAACACAGGAGUGAAUCACUUAUGUGACGUACUGAAGGAUUCACGCUGUAAACUGGAGAGAUUGAGUCUUUAUGACUGUGGCAUUACAGAUGUUUCUUCUUUAACUCAGUCUUUGACAAACACAAAAGCUCUGCAGUUUCUAAAACAGCUUAAUCUGGGUGAUAAUAAGAUUGGAGACUCAAAGCAGAAGCUCAUUGAUGUGCUACGAGACUCAAACUGUAAACUGAGGUGA